AAAAAUUUUUUACUCAUAAUACAUAUGAUAUAUUAAAUAAACUUAGCAUGUAUAUAUAUAAGGCCAUUAGCAGAGAAGAAAACCCAAUCAAUCAAUUAUCUAACAAUAUAUAGCAUAUAAUCAAAAAUAUUAAGGGAACUCUCUGUUUCAUUGCAAAUUAGGUUAUCAGUCAAUAUUCAAUAGCCAUGGCUUAUGAAAGAGUCCACAGCCGCGGUGCAGAUCAUCACCUAAGACAAUCAGGAGAUUUAAUAAGUUCUCUUCCAGAUGAGAUUCUUCAACAAAUCCUCUCCUUAAUUCGGACCAAGUUCGCAAUCAGAACUUUCAUCUUAAACGAUGGAGGCAUGUCUGGUUAGAUACACCUUCUCUCUCCUUUGAUAGCUUUUCGCUGAAGGCUCAUACUAUAAACCAAACCCUAGCUCGCUACACGGCUCGCAAGAUGAAAACGUUUCAUAUCUGUACACGCAUGAGACAGAAUGUUCCAUACAUUGACACGUGGAUAAAGUUCGCCAUGUCCCGGAACGUGGAGAAUCUGACGUUGCGUUUCGAUCAUCUUCCAUCCUCCAAUAUGCCUGAAUUCUUCUACAAUAAUUCUUCUGUUGAACAACUUAGCCUUGAGUUGCACUUUUCUCCUAUGAUUCCCAUAUGCUAUGUGCCUUGGACAUCACUCAAAAAGCUAUCAUUGAGUUCUUGCAAGCUCUCUGAUGAAUGUACUGCUACGAUUCUAUCUUGCUGUCCCAUUCUCGAGAGCGUAACUUUGGAUUCAUGCGAUCAACUGAAUGUUCUUGAUCUCAGCAAAUCACAGCACUUGACAACAUUAGAGAUAGAUCAAUCUCUAGGGCCAACACAGAUUGUGGCCCCAUAUAUCCGUUAUCUCAGUUUGACCAACUUUAAGUUGCCAUGUACUUUAGUCGAUGUCUCCUCUUUAACCGCAGCUAUACUAGAGACUAGCUUAUGCUUAUUUAAGAACCUGAAGUCAGAAGAUAUUCUAGUAGUGUUGCUAAAAAUGCUAGAGAAGUUGCGGGAUGUAGAGAAGCUUACUUUUAGUGCAAAAUUUCUCCAGACUUUAUCUCUUGCACUGGCGCUGGGACGUUGUCCUUUUCCGAGUGUCAAGGUCAACGAUUUGACUUUGGAGACAACUCUCUCUAGUGUUGAAUUUCCUGGCAUAGAAAAGCUUCUGCAAAGCUCACCUGGAGUAAAGAAGCUAACUCUACACGUACUGGAACCUGGAACCGUACCGCUAUUGAUACCUAUAAUGGUAUGUAAUUUCCAUAACCCUCUUUUAUUUUAUUUUUGUCUUGGCCAUUUUAACUAUUGCCGAGUUUAAUCGAAGAGCUAUGUCCUUUUUACUUUCAGAACAUAGACUACCAGAAUCUGGAGUCGGAACAUGUGGUUUCCUUCAUCAAAGUUUUGCUUAAAUUCACAAAGACGUUAGAGAAGGUGGUCGUAAGGUUGGCAUGCUAUAUUGAUGGAAGAGGCUUUGAAGAAUUGCUUGGAAUGGUUUCGAUGCUUUCCCACGAGUACAAUGUCUCUAUUGUUCUUAGCUCAACCUGCCGAAUCAAAGGGCGUAGCCUUGA